AUGGGAGAUUCGGAGGGUUUGGGCAUGGGCAUUGAGGAAGUCCAUGUCAACACCAACUUGCUGAGGCCAAUACGGCUCCAGGUGGACCCCGAGUUCCAGCGAGUGUGCUCAGAUGAGAGGGAGCAGAUCAAAGCUCUCAACAACAAAUUUGCAUCAUUCAUCGAGAAGGUUCAAUGUUUGGAGCGGCAGAAUCAGGCACUCUUGGCCAAGUGGGAACUUCUGCAGCAGCAAAGCUCUGGCCCUGAGGAGAGAAGAAACAUCAACAACUUCUUCCAGUCCUACAUCACCAACCUGCAGCGGCAGCUCGAGACACUCCAGAGCCAGAAGGAGCAGCUGGAUCCCGAAGCCUACAACAUGCUCCAGCUUGUUGAGGAUUACAAAAACAGAUUCGAGGAUGAGAUCAACAAACGCACGUCCAAGGAGGAGGAGUUUGUGGAGCUUAAAAAGGAACUGGAUAGUGCCUACAUGGGAAAAAUGGAGUUUGAUGUCCGAGUGGAUAUCCUGAGGCAGGAGCUGGAGUUCCUCCGGUGUUUAUAUGAAGCUGAGUUGUCCCAGCUGCAAACGGUUGCUGGGAACAUUGAUGUUAUUCUGUCCAUGGACAACCACAGGGACCUGAACAUGGAUGGAAUCAUUGAGGAGGUCAGGCAGGAAUAUGAGGGGAUAGCCCACAGGAGCACGGCUGAAGUGGAUGCCAUGUACCGGGGCAGGAAUUCCAGCCUCCAGGACUCCAUUAAAGAUGCUGAGCACCGUGGGAGCUCGGCCGUCAGGGAUGGCCAGGAAAAGCUAGAGGAGCUGGAAAAUGCCCUCCAACAGGCCAAGGAUGACCUUUCUCAGCUUGUCCACGAUUACCAGGAGCUCCUGAAUGUGAAGCUGGGCCUGGACAUUGAGAUUGCCAUGUAUCGAUCACUCCUCGAGGAGGAGGAGAACAGGAUCCAGGAAGGAUCACCAGCCACGAUCUGUGUCAUUGACCACAAUGCCAGAAUUUCUGGAGUUUUUGGAGGCAUAAAGAAUGUGAAGGGGAGAAUGAGUUCUGAUGGUACCAGUGGGAGCAGAACAAAGGGGCCAGCACAGGCUGUGGAGGAGGAGGAAGCUCCGGCAGUGGAGGCUCCAUGUCCAAGGGCGGCAGCAGUUCUGGAGGGUGGGGGUCUAGCUCUGGUGGUGGUGGUUCCAUUUCUGGAGGUGGGAAAGGCUCAGGAUCUGGAGGAGGAGGAGGAAGCUCAGGCAGUGGAGGCUCCAUGUCCAAGGGUGGCAGCAGCUCUGGAGGGUGGGGGUCUAGCUCUGGUGGUGGUGGUUCCAUUUCUGGAGGUGGGAAAGGCUCAGGAUGUGGAGGAGGAGGAAGCUCUGGCAGUGGAGGCUCCAUGUCCAAGGGUGGCAGCAGCUCUGGAGGGUGGGGGUCUAGCUCUGGUGGUGGUGGUUCCAUUUCUGGAGGUGGGAAAGGCUCAGGAUCUGGGGGAGGAGGAAGCUCAGGCAGUGGAGGCUCCAUGUCCAAGGGUGGCAGCAGCUCUGGAGGGUGGGGGUCUAGCUCUGGUGGUGGUGGUUCCAUUUCUGGAGGUGGGAAAGGCUCAGGAUCUGGGGCAGGAGGAAGCUCAGGCAGUGGAGGCUCCAUGUCCAAGGGUGGCAGCAGCUCUGGAGGGUGGGGGUCUAGCUCUGGUGGUGGUGGUUCCAUUUCUGGAGGAGGGAAAGGCUCAGGAUGUGGAGGAGGAGGAAGCUCAGGCAGUGGAGGCUCCAUCUGUGGAGGAGGAGGAAGUUCAGGCAGUGGAGGCUCCAUGUCCAAGGGCGGCAGCAGCUCUGGAGGGUGGGGGUCUUGCAGUGGUGGUGGUGGUUCCAUUUCAGGAGGCGGGAAAGGCUCAGGAUCUGGAGGAGGAGGAAGCUCAGGCAGCGGAGGCUCCAUCUGUGGAGGAGGAGGAAGUUCAGGCAGUGGAGGCUCCAUGUCCAAGGGUGGCAGCAGCUCUGGAGGGUGGGGGUCUUGCAGUGGUGGUGGUGGUGGUUCAAUUUCAGGAGGCGGGAAAGGCUCAGGAUCUGGAGGAGGAGGAAGCUCAGGCAGUGGAGGCUCCAUCUGUGGAGGAGGAGGAAGCUCAGGCAGUGGAGGCUCCAUGUCCAAGGGUGGCAGCAGCUCUGGAGGGUGGGGGUCUAGCUCUGGUGGUGGUGGUUCAAUUUCUGGAGGUGGGAAAGGCUCAGGAUCUGGAGGAGGAGGAAGCUCAGGCAGUGGAGGCUCCAUCUGUGGAGGAGGAGGAAGCUCAGGCAGUGGAGGCUCCAUGUCCAAGGGCGGCAGCAGUUCUGGAGGGUGGGGGUCUAGCUCUGGUGGUGGUGGUUCAAUUUCAGGAGGCGGGAAAGGCUCAGGAUCUGGAGGAGGAGGAAGCUCAGGCAGUGGAGGCUCCAUCUGUGGAGGAGGAGGAAGCUCAGGCAGUGGAGGCUCCAUGUCCAAGGGUGGCAGCAGCUCUGGAGGGUGGGGGUCUAGCUCUGGUGGUGGUGGUUCAAUUUCUGGAGGUGGGAAAGGCUCAGGAUCUGGAGGAGGAGGAAGCUCAGGCAGUGGAGGCUCCAUCUGUGGAGGAGGAGGAAGCUCAGGCAGUGGAGGCUCCAUGUCCAAGGGCAGCAGCAGCUCUGGAGGGUGGGGGUCUAGCUCUGGUGGUGGUGGUUCCAUUUCUGGAGGUGGGAAAGGCUCAGGAUCUGGGGGAGGAGGAAGCUCAGGCAGUGGAGGCUCCAUCUGUGGAGGAGGAGGAAGUUCAGGCAGUGGAGGAUCCAUGUCCCGAGGUGGCCAGAGCUCCGGUGGUUAUGGAUCGGCGUCUGGCAGUGGCAGAUGCAGCCCCCAAAGUGGGGGCAUGA